AUGUCAAAUGAAUCAAUGAUGAAUUAUCAAAAUCAAGAAAGUUUUUCCGAUUUAUUUCAUAAAUUUAUUCGAAUGACUGUUAAAACAGAUGAACAAAAUAAAAAAUUUAAAAAAAAGUCUUCCAUUUCAAAUAUUCAACAACAACAACAAGAGAAAACUCAUUUCAAUUCAUCAUCAUUAAAAAGACAACAACAACAAAAACAAAAUUUAUUAUUUCAAACAUCGUCAACAUCUUCAAUAAAUGAUUUAAAUUAUAUUUCAUCGAAUUUCAAACCACAUAGAAAUUAUAUUUCCAUUGAAAAUGAUCAACAAUAUUAUUCAAAUGAUGAAUCAAAAAAUAUUAAUUUUGGUUCAAAUUCAAUAAAUACUCAUAUGAAUAAUUCAUUUGUUGAUAAUGGAUUAAAUGUAACAUCAAAACCUUUGGCUAAAAAUGAGAAUUUUUCUGUUCAAUCAAUCUUAAAUAAUCGAUAUAAUCGUGGAAUAAAAGCAGGUCAACAAUUAUUAAAUGUCAAAUCUUUAAAUUCAUUAAAUGGUGAUUCAUCAUUUCCAUUUAUAAAUGAUUCAUUUAUAUCGGCAAAACCAUCAGUUCGUUUAAAUCAAACAUUAAUUAAUAAUACAAAUCAACAUCAACAUCAUCAUCAUCAUCAUCAUCAUGGUGCUGCUGCUCUGACUGUAAGAAAUAUUCGUCGAGAAAAAACUCGUGAUGGAAGUUUAAAAUCAUUAACAAAAGAUCAAGAUUCGUUAUUAAGUUAUGAUUUAUUUAAUCCAAAUACAAGUAGUUCAUCAAUUCAUUCAAUUUCAAAUCAUUUAUUAAAAUCAAAUGAAAAUCUUAAUAAAACAUCAUUAAUUUAUCCAAUAAAACCAUCAGAAGCAUUAUUAUAUUUUAGUGAGAAAUUAAGUUUAUUUGAAAAAAAUGAAAUCUUAAAUUAUAAUGAAAUUUAUUAUCUUGGUUUAAAAGCUGAAAAGAUUCCAUCAAUAACAAGUAAAGAUUAUGAUGAUGAUAAUGGUUGUUAUGUUAAAAUAAGUGGUGAUCAUAUUUGUUAUCGAUUUGAAAUCUUAGAAACAUUAGGAAAAGGUUCAUUUGGAAUUGUUCUUAAAUGUUUUGAUCAUAAAACAAAAGAAACAAUUGCUAUUAAAAUUUUACGAAAUAAAAAACGUUUUCAACAACAAGGUCUUGUUGAAAUUCAAAUAUUAAAUCAUUUAAAAUUAAUUGAUAAACAAAAUUCAUUUAAUAUUGUUCAUAUUAAAGAACAUUUUCAUUUUCGUUCUCAUCUUUGUAUUACAUUUGAAUUACUUGGAAUUAAUUUAUAUGAAUUAAUUAAAAAAAAUCAUUAUCAAGGUUUUACUACAAAUUUAGUUAAACGUUUUGCAAAUUCAAUUUUAAAAACUCUUCAAAUUUUAGCCAAAGAAAAUAUAAUUCAUUGUGAUCUUAAACCAGAAAAUAUUUUAUUAAGACAAAAAGGAAGUAGUAGUAUUAAAGUUAUUGAUUUUGGAUCAGGAUGUUUUCAAUCUCAAAGAAUUUAUACAUAUAUUCAAUCUCGAUUUUAUCGAGCACCUGAAAUAAUCUUAGGUAUACCUUAUAAUUCAUCGAUUGAUAUGUGGAGUUUAGGUUGUAUUCUUGUUGAAUUAUCUACUGGUUAUCCAAUAUUUCCUGGUGAAAAUGAACAAGAACAAUUAUCAAUGAUAAUGGAAGUUCUUGAUCUUCCACCAGCUGAUGUUCUUGAAAAAGGAACACGAAAAAAUUUAUUUUUUGAUUCAAAAGGAAUGCCACGAAAUCUUUCAUCAAAAUAUUUAAAAAAACAUCGACCAGGAACUCGUCCAUUAUCACAAAUUAUUCGAACAUCUGAUAAAGAUUUUCUUGAUUUUCUUCAUCAAUGUUUUCAAUGGAAUCCAUGUGAACGUUUAACAGCAGAACAAGGUUUAAAACAUCCAUGGAUUAUUGAAAUGAAAUUAAAACGAAUAUCAUCUCAAACAUCAAAUAAAGUUCAAACAACAAAUAAAUAUGAAAAUAUUUCAAUGAAUCAAUCACGUAUAAUUGAACUUUUAGUUUAA